AUGUUCGACCCGCACGUGUUAGACUCCCCGGCCGUCAUUUUCGACAAUGGGUCUGGGCUCUGCAAAGCCGGCCUGUCCGGAGAGAUCGGGCCCCGCCAUGUCGUCAGCUCCGUCGUGGGGCACCCGAAGUUCCUGGGGGCCUCGGCCGAAGCCGCCCAGAAGAAGUACUUCGUGGGGGAAGAAGCCUUGCACAAGAAGGAGACCCUACAUGUGCACCGCCCCAUCGAGCGCGGCCUGGUCACCAGUUGGGACGAUGCGGAGCAGCUGUGGAAGCACCUCUUCGAGUGGGAGCUGGGGGUGAAGGCCAGAGACCAGCCAGUGCUAAUGACCGAGCCGUCCCUGAACCCCAGGGAGGCCCGGGAGAAGAUGGCCACGGUGAUGUUCGAGAGCUUCCAGGUGCCCGCCUUCUACCUGUCGGACCAGGCCGUGCUGGCCCUCUACGCCUCGGCCUGUGUCACCGGCCUGGUGGUAGACAGCGGGGACGGUGUCACGUGCACCGUCCCCAUCUUCGAGGGCUACUCCCUGCCCCACGCGGUCAGCAAGCUCUACAUGGCGGGGCGGGACAUCACGGAGCACCUCAUGCGGCUGCUGCUGGCCAGCGGGCGGGCCUUCCCGUGUGCGCUGAGCAAGGCCCUGGUGGACGACGUCAAGGAGAAGCUGUGCUACGUGGCCCUGGAGCCAGACAAGGAGCUGUCGCGGAGGCCGGAGGAGGUCCUGAGGGAGUACAAGCUGCCGGACGGCAACGUCGUCCAGAUCGGGGACCAGCUGUACCAGGCGCCCGAGGCCCUCUUCGCGCCCGAGCAGCUGGGCCUGCAGAGCCCGGGCCUCCCGCAGAUGGUCUCCUGCAGCGUCGCCAAGUGCGACGCCGACAUCCAGAACACGCUUUACGGGGAGAUCGUGCUGUCCGGGGGCACCACGCUGUUCCCGGGGCUCGACGACCGGCUGCUGAAGGAGCUAGAGCGCCUUGCCUCCAAGGGGACCCCCAUCAAGAUCACGGCUCCCCCCGACAGGUGGUUCUCCACGUGGAUCGGCGCUUCCAUCGUCACCUCCCUGAGCAGCUUCAAGCAGAUGUGGGUCACCUCCGCCGACUUCAAGGAGUUUGGGGCGUCCGUGGUUCAGAGAAGGUGCUUCUGA